AUGAGUUCUGACAAGACUGUGCCCGCUAAGGAGCAACCCGUCCGCGUGAGGCAGAGAAAGAUAGACUUCUGGGAUGGGACGGAGCACACCUUCAUCAUGCCCAGCAUCACCGAUAAAGGUACAGGCGUCCACAGCCACUGCACGGACGUUGGGGGGCUGUUGGAGCGUCGAAAGCUGGCGGACACGGAGCGUGACCUGGUUUUCCUUUGCUUUCCAGAGAGAACAGCCAUCUGGGAUGCGGUGGCCAACUAUAUCCAAGAACAACUGCUGCUGCAGAAGGGGGUCCGAAUUGCCACCCUUGGCUCCUUUCAUGUGGUCCCCACAUGGAUCCGGGUUGGGGACGAGGUGGUGAUUAUCCAGAGGCCCGUGUUUCGGCUGGCCAGGAACCUUGUGGUUGUCCACAACCUCAGGGACAACAAGGACUACCUGCCCGACAAUAAGGAGCUGGAGGCCCUCAAAUAUGCCAAGGUGGCCGAUGCCGCCUCGGUGUCCCGGCAGAAGGUGGAGAACUGUGUCCAAGGCACCAUGUCCCUCCUCUCUUACUGCCUGUGGAAGGGGGAGAACGUCGCCCUUUUCCUGAAGGACAUGGGGGUGCUCCUCAUUGAAGGCACAAGGGUACAAAUGAAGUAUUACUAUGAAUUCCUGGAGAAGACCUCUGGGAAGAAAAGUUUGGAGAAAGCUGUUUUUAAGGUCCCUUGGCUGCUGGACAUGGUGGUGUCCCCGCUGGUGCCCGUGGCCUCGCUGACGUUUUCUGGCCGCAUCAUCCUCUUUCCCGAGUUUGAAAUGCAGGACGUGCCCAAACCACCACCCAGGGUUCUCAAGAUCUCGAGCCAAGGCCCUGGUGAGGACAAAGGGAUGAGAAGAAUGAAGUUGCCACCUCUUGGGCAAGCGGGACCUUCUGGUUUUCGGUUUCCUGCUCCUCCAAACUCGAUGAACAAUGAAACACCGCUGUUCUGGCAAAUCACGGUGCCGAAGAAGAGGAAAAAAUCUCGGGUCAGACGGCAGCCGGUGAGCCUGGAGAACUCCUCGGGAAAAAAACGGGCAGUGAACAGCCAAUCCAAGAGCCGAUGCAAAUCCAGAGGUCCAACAUCAGCAAAACCUCGGAGGGACGAAGGAGCAGGAGGACGAGGAAGAGGAGCGGCGAAAGCCAAACCCAAAUAUUCUUGGGAAUCCUCGACCUUCCUGACGCCCAUCAUAGCCAUCUUAUCGGCAACGAGCUCCGAGACCAGCUUGCAUGAGGAACCCACCUCCAAGGUCCUCCUACGGCCGCCUCCGAGACCGAAGUGA